CACAUAUCCAUCCCAGUCGCCGACAACCCCAUCCUCCCCCUACUACCCUCCCGAGUACACCGCAUACGCUACCAGCAACUCAUCCUUUUGCCAACUUGCCCAUCUACCCGUUGGCCCAUUCCGCCCAGGGUAGGCACGUAGUCAUACUCACGCAUACGCCCGCGUAUAUUUUCGUCCACCUGGUCUCCAGCCUUCACCAUGCUGGCACAACGGCUGUCACGUGCCUCGACGCAGGCCACCACCUUGGCCAGGGGCGCUAUCCGUACUGCGGCUCCUCGAUCCGCCCUCGCUACCGGUAGAGCAUGCUUGCACACCAAGAACAACCCUCUGAAGAACACGGACAAGAAGACGUCCGCCCCGCCACCUGGUGCAUUCGCUCGUACGGAUGAUAGUAUCACCGUCAAAUACCCGGAGGAGGAUGCUCUCCCCCCAUCCACCCCGGUCCAGGGCCGUGGCGGCUUCCACAUGAAGCGAACUCUCGCUUCUUUCUCGCUUGAGGGUAAGGUGGGCGUCGUCACCGGCGGUGCUCGCGGCCUCGGUCUUGUGAUGGGUCAGGGUAUGGUCAUAAGCGGGGCCAAUCUAGCCAUCGUCGACAUGAAUAAGGAGGAAGCUGAGCGCCAGGCCGUCGAGCUGGUCGAGGUCUUCCGCAAGGAAAACCCCGGCGCGGAGCACGUCCCCAAGGUUACCGCCCACUACGCCGACGUGUCAGACGCGGACUCGGUGCAGGGCUGUAUCGAUGAAGUAAUCAAGGAACAUGGAAAGAUCGACCAUCUCGUGACCAGUGCCGGUUUCACGGAGAACUACAACGCCGUCGACUACCCGGUUGACCGCAUGCGUAAGCUGUGGGCUGUUAACGUUGACGGCACGUAUCUCUUUGCUGUUACUGUCGCCAAGCACCUGAUGGCGCGCAAGAGUCCCGGGAGCAUGGUCUUCAUUGGGAGCAUGAGCGGUUCCAUCGUCAAUGUGCCGCAGCCUCAAGCACCUUACAACUGUGCCAAGGCCGCGGUCCGGCACCUGGCUGCUUCCCUCGCUGUCGAGUGGGCGGAUGUGGGCAUCCGUGUCAACUGCAUCUCGCCGGGGUACAUGAUGACUGCUCUGACGGAGAAGAUCCUCAACGACAAACCGGACCUCAAGAAGAGCUGGACCUCGCUAAUCCCGCAAGGCAAGAUGGGCCAGCCUGUCGACCUCAUGGGGCCGGUCACUUUCCUUCUCUCGGAUGCCAGCCAGUACGUGACAGGCGCCGACGUCCGCGUCGAUGGCGGUUACACCCUAACCUAAGUGGGGAGCCUGAGGAGAAUCUCUGUAUGGAUCCACUGGUGUUUUGCUUUUCAAUUUUAUCUUUUUCAGUAUACCCGUCGACGGGGAAAAUGAGUGA